GCAAAAGUGUUACGGGACAAGUUAUGGAAUUGUUGCCUUGGAUUCAAGAUGGCGUUCAGGCUAAAGAAACUGCAGCAUUUUAAAAGGAAAUAAUUUUACUACCAGGUAUCAUAGAAACAGAGAUGUUAUUUCUUUUUGUGAGUCAGCUAACCAAUUGAUUUUGAAGUUGUUCUGCUGUUGUAACUGUAUAUCACAAUGGAUGAGAAUGCUGAUACUAGUCGAACACAUGGCUGGGACUGUCCAUGGCACUUUUUACAGAUGCUGUCUUGGAUUGUCAUUAUCUACUUUAUAAUCAUUCAGUAUGGAUGCCUCAUCCCAGCACUGAUAUCUGCUGCACACAUUCCUUUGUACUGUAUAACCACAUUUUUUGUCUUUGGUCUGGUUGUCACAAUGCUGUUUGCUACUUCACUGGACCCCGCUGACAAGGCUGUGAGGGAGAAGGGGGGAAACAAACAUGUCCCAAAACUGGACAGAACCAAACACAAGCACGCCAUUGAAAACCAGACAUGUUCCUUGUGUCAAGUUAAUGUGGGUCCAAAGUCCAAACAUUGCAGUGCAUGCAAUAAAUGUGUGUCUGGAUUUGAUCACCACUGUAGAUGGUUGAACAACUGUGUGGGGGACAGGAAUUACAAGUGGUUCUUCUCAACUUUGGUGUUUGCUAUACUGUCAUCUUCCAUUGUUAUUUGCAUAGGACUGUUGGAUUUUAUUGCUUUCUUUACUGAUAAAAAAAGUGGGAACAUUCUACAUGUCUACCAAGGCUCCAAUGGCUCAAGUGAGGCAGCAACACUUCUCAUGUUUGAUAAGCCUGUGGCCAAUGGAGUUUUCCUGGCCAUUGAUAUUCUGACUGUGAUACUAGCAAUCAUUGCUUUUGGUUUCCUUGUUCAUUUAACUCAGUUCCAUGUAUGGCUCAUUUAUAAAGAUCUGUCUACCUAUGAUUUUAUUAUUAUGCAACGAGAGAAAGAAAGUAUGAAAGAAGAGAGCUCAGCAAAUGGGAAAAAUUCUCCCUUGUCGAAGCCUCAGCCUUUAAAGAUCAAUAAGAUAACACCAAGUAAGAAUUCUGGGUGUGAGCCUAAGACAAAAUCUGAAGAAGAUUUACACAACUAUCAAAAGGCAUUAGAGGAAACAGAAAGAAAUGGUGGUGGGGAAACACCCCCUCCACUCACCAGCCCAAUAAAGGAUUCCAAAUUUCACCAGGCCACUGAGGAGACACAUAUAAGAAAACUGAAGAGGAAGAAAAAGAAAAAACUGCUGAGCUCUCCAGACCAGGAGAUAGAAAUAUCAGCUGUUGAUAAUCCAUCAAUGUAUUAUAAAAGCAGCCAAGAAGAAGUCUGGCAUACUAAGUUAUCAUCCACCACCCCACCAUAUCAAAAAAUGGGCUCCAGAUCAACCUCCAGCGAGCUCAUUUGUAAAGGAGAACCAAACGCCAAUUUUAGGACAGAAUCUUAUCGUAAACACUCCAGCAGUGGGCCUGACAGCGGUGGGGAGCCUGACAGCGAAGAGCUUAACACCACCCACCUCUUUCACCUCAACCACAGCGCUGAGCUGAACGCAGACGGGAGCCUAAAGUACAGCACUAACAAGAAACUCCUCCCCCUUACCCCAGUCCCGAAGAGGAAGUGGGAGGCCGAGGUGCCUCCGUUGGAUCUGACUGCUUUACGUGGCAGCAUCGAGAGCUCGAAUUCAUUCAAACCGUAUACUGCUACAAUGAGGUCUACAGACACGUACAGGCCUGCUGACAACCGAAAUAUGACCCUGAACACUUUGUCAGAGUCACAUAAUGACUCGGCUUUUUAGAAGCUAAUUCAACCAUCUCUGUGAGUUUUUUUAUUUAGUUGCGAAUACGGUUUGCUUAUACAACAUUUCUUGUCCUUAUCUACUGUCACUACUGCUGAUUUGAUAUUUCAAUGCUAAAUCAAAGAAAAACGUGGUACACUUUAAAAAAAGUGCACAAAUUAUACUUAUUGCCCUUCUGUGUCUUAGAGGAUGUGUAUGAAAAAUAAUCUAUUUUGUCUUGAAUUCCUACAGUAUCUGUAUUAAUCUUCUUGAAUUAUAACUGUGCCAUAAAUGAAAUUACUAAGGUGUUGCUAUGGAGGUGGUAGCAUAUGGGCAUUUGCACCUAAUAUUUAUAUAAAUAUAUACAUGUGAUAGGGAAAGAUCAAGAGCUAUAAUCUAUAUAUUUAUGUGAAUAAGGUCAGCAAUACAGAGAGGAAGUGUCGGGAGCAAAGUAAAUAGAGCAACUAUUAUAAUUUUAUCUAUGUUUGUUUGCUUUUAAAAGGCCCUUGCAUAGCAGUCCAUGUUUUACUAUUUAAAAUUAUGGUGUCUUCGCCUCUGAUGGAUUGAGAACAGUGUAAAUAUUUGUACAUUGAAAAGUUAUUUAUUUAACCAACUUUUGGUUAGUUAAUAUUUUUUUUUAACCAACCUUUUGCUAAUAUUUCUAUUUCA